CCAAAAUUUGUUUGUCAAUAAAUUAAAAAUCAUUUUUUAAAACGUAAUUACUUUUUUUUAUUAUAAUGCAAAUAAUAAUUAAGUGCCUAAAAGGCGGAAGUACUGUUAUAGAGGUUGACGAAACCACCCCAAUUGCCGAAAUUAAGAAUAAAGUAGAAAAAGACCUUAAAAUACCCAUAUCACAACAAACUUUGGUGCUGUUAGGAUCACCUCUGCAAGAUGGCAAAAAAGUGGGUGAUUAUCCCAAAAUCAAAGAGGGUACGAAAAUAUAUAUCGUAAUUAAGAAACCGGAGAAUCUCCAAAGCAGUUUAGGCAAGUUUUUAAGAAGAUACUAUUCAGAGGAACAGUGUAAAAUUAUAGUGGAUGAAUUCUUGCGAAAUUUUCAAAAUAAAGUGGAUAAUUUGAGCCUAGACGACUUGGAAAGAAUUGCAAUAUCAAACUUGAACGUAUAAAUGGGUUUAUAUUAUAAGUAUUAUCAAGAAAACAAUAAAAAAGUUAAUGUAAAAUA